AUGGAGGUGUUAUUUUAUGUCAAGCACGGAAGGGGAUCGAAUUUGCUUGGCAUGGACUGGAUAAAGAAGACGGGGCUUCUUAAUGCUUGUGCUGAAUUUUUGAAGUCAUUGAAGUGUGAAGUUCAACCGUCAGUAUUAUUAUCAGAAGGAACAAAACUCACAGAUUUACAAGAAGUAUUGGAAGAAAACUCCGAGAUUUUUCAAGAUGAUCUGGGACAAUGUGAUAUCCGAGUGGGAAUUCAGUUGCAACCUGAUGCAGAACUCAAGAUUUGGCCGUCUCGUAGACCACCUAUCCAUUUACGCAAAGCAAUUGAAGCAGAAUUGCAGCGACUUGUGGAAAGAGAAGUUUUGGAGCCUGUCGAGACUGCGAGAUGUGCAUUUCCAACAGUAAACGUUGUCAAGGCAUCAGGUGCUGUGAGGAUAUGCGGGGAUUUUAAGCCCCUCAAUCGAUUUCUACUGGUUGACCAACAACCUAUUCCAUUGGCAACAGAUCUAUUCCGCACUCUUGCGGGUGGUAAGAAAUUUACGAGAAUAGACUUAUCGGAUGCUUAUCAUCAGUUGUGUCUGGACAAAGAAAGUCAGGAAAUUCUAGUAAUCAAUACGCACAAGGGUCUCUACAAGUACUUACGUCUACCAUUUGGUAUUAGUUCAGCCCCAGCACUGUUUCAAAGGAUUAUGUCUAACGUAUUAGAUGGUUUACCAAGGGUUGCCAGUUUUGCUGAUGAUAUAGCUUUAACCGGUGACAAUGAUCAAGAUCAUCUUCAGAAUUUAUCAGCAGUAUUACAGCGACUGAAACAGCAUGGACUUCGAGCAAACAAAAGUAAAUGUGCAUUCCUUCAACCUUCAGUGGAAUAUUUGGGUCAUGUCAUAGAUAGUAACGGAGUUAGAGCAUCUGACAGUAAGCUCAAAGCUGUCCAAGCUAUACCAAGUCCUAAAAACCAGACAGAACUUCGAUCAUUUUUGGGUCUUGUGAACUAUUUCCGCCAGUUUUAUCCUAUGAUGGCAGACGCAACGGUGCCGCUCAACCAGCUUCUACAAAAGGAUACUCCUUGGAUUUGGUCUGCACGAGCUAAGUCGGCAUUUGAACGAUUAAAGAAAAGGCUUAAAUCAUUACCAGUUGUCACUAAUUACGAUGAAAAACUGCCGGUAGGCCUAUCAUGUGAUGCCAGCUGUAAAGGGAUAGGCGCAUGUUUAUUUCAUUUUGACCAAGAUGGUGCAGAACGUGUGAUUGCUUAUGCAUCUAAAUGUCUAACUACUGCAGAAAUGAAUUACUCACAAAUUGAAAAAGGGCUAUCUAUAGUUUUUGGAGUUCAAAAAUUUCGUCACUUUCUAUUAGGAAGGAAAUUUGUGCUGAGAACGGAUCACCGGCCUUUACUGACUAUUUUCAAUGCAACAAAGGUUACACCACCAACCAGGACCAGUAGCCGAUUGACGCGGUGGGCUCUGCAGUUGUCGCAGUAUGAUUAUCAGAUAGAGUACAAGAACUCAAGAGAUCACGGCAACGCGGAUGCCCUAUCACGUUUACCAAUAGGAACGGAUGUAAAAUUUGACGAGGGUAACAAAGAAAAGAAGGAAGCAGAAAAGUAUGUUGCUGAAUUAGAAAAGCAGUUCAUCAAAGAUGGACCUAUAUAUUACCACCAGUUACAAAAGUAUACGUCUAGUGACUCUAUUCUACGGCAAGUUAUACAUUACAUUCACAACGGUUGGCCGUCACGGAUACAGGACUCAGAAAUAAGAUCUUUUGUCACGUGUAAGCACGAACUGUCAGUAGUGGAGGGUUGCAUUCUGAAGCACAAUGAAGGAGUACGCAUGGUAUUACCGAAGGCAAUUCGACCACAACUUCUUCAGCAACUGCAUCGUGCGCAUGUUGGAACUGACAGGAUGAAGCAGUUGGCUCGUCGCUACAUUUGGUGGCCAAACAUAAAUGCAGAUAUUGACAGGAUUACGAAAUGUUGUGAGGCUUGUACCUUGUACAGGAACAAGCCUCCUGUCGUUCCACUUCAUCCAUGGGAAUUUCCUCUUCACCCUUGGUCUAGGGUACAUAUAGAUUAUGCCGGUCCGUUUUUUGGUUUCAUGUGGCUAAUAAUUGUGGAUGCUUACUCAAAGUGGCCUGAAGUUGUUAAACUUCAUGUAGGUUCAACUUCAGCAAAGCAGACAGUCUGGGCACUUAGAAAGAUAUUUGCAAGAUUUGGAGUUCCCCGGCAAGUGGUUACAGACAAUGGCCGACGAAUUUAAAACAUUUUGCAAUCAGCGGGGAAUUCUUCAUUCUCGAAUUCCUGCCUAUCACCCAAGUAGUAAUGGGCAGGCAGAGCGGUUUGUUCAGACAUUUAAGCGAGGUAUUAAGAAAGGAAUGGAGGAAGAAGGAGCUCAGUUAGAGGAUGUGGUGGAUACAUUUCUGGCGGUAUAUCGUAAUACAUCUCAUCAUACGACAGGAGAAUGUCCUGCAGUAAGUCUUAUGGGUCGUCCUCUUUGAUGUGUCUUAGACUUACUACAACCAUAUGAUGGGAAUCAUUCAGACCAGCAGUUACAGGACAAAGUUAGAUUAUCGCAAGAGAAACAGAAGAAGAACUAUGACAAGAAAGCUCGUCAUAGAAAGUCAUUGGUACUUGGAGAUGCUGUGUUAGUGAGACAACCGGACAGGCAAGGAAAGGAAAUUUGGAGACCAGCUACAAUAGUAUCUGUGCUUGGAACACGAUAUUAUGAAGUUCUAAUUACGGACAGCGGCACAAGAAGGAAAGUACACAUGAAUCAGCUGCUUCAUCGAAGUGUAGGCAAACUCCCUGUGGAAGAUAUGGCAAGAUCAAAA